GUACUGGAACUCACUCUGUAGACCAGGCUGGCCUUGAACUCACAAAAAUCCACCUGCCCCUGCCUCCAGAGUACAGGGACUAAAGGCGUGUGCCAUCACUUCCUGGCCCACCUAGGUAAUCUUAAAGCAAGAUUGUUGGUUUUUGUUUGUUUGUUUUUUCCUUUAGGGACCAGACUCGUGUAAGCGGUGAUGGCCUUGAACUCUGUAUAUAGCCAUGGAUGAGACUGAACUCCUGAUCCUCCUCCUCCACCUGAGAUUGGAGUACUAAGAGUGCUGGAAUUACAGGUCAAGGUGUAAACUGGACAGGGUGGUGAACACCUGUAAUGCCAGGACUUGGGAAGUGCUGACAGAAGGCCAGAAGUUCAGGUUCAUUCUCAGCUACACAACAAGUUCAAAGUCAUCCUCCUGAGACUAUCUCAAAAGCAAAACAAAACAAAAGAUCAAGUUGUAGAGCAUUUCCAGUGUCAGUCCCUCUUGUUGAAUAUUAUUUUAAGAAUGGCAAACAGCAACGCAGAGACCUAAAGAACGGCUCGAGGCCCAGCCUUUGUUUAUGAAACAUGAAAGGUUUCACCUGCAACCCCCCGGGUACCCACCCCAUCAUGCUUCGCGUCGGCUGCCACGUGUGAGCACGCGCCCGGCCCGGGGCCUCACUUCCGGGCGUUGCUUCCGGUGAGGCGUUUGGCGACCGUUGAGCGGCAAGAUGAGCGUCUUCUCGCGCCUCAGGAAUGGAAUCCCGCCGUCGCGAGACAACUGCCAGUCUCCCUACGAGCGAUUGAGUCAGCGGAUGUUGGACAUUUCUGGGGACCGAGGUGUGCUGAAAGAUAUCAUCCGAGAGGGCGCUGGCGACCCCGUGACCCCUGAUGCUUCCGUGCUGGUGAAAUAUUCUGGAUACCUGGAGCACAUGGACAGGCCUUUCGAUUCUAAUUGCUUUAGGAAAACACCUCGGCUGAUGAAACUUGGAGAAGAUAUUACACUCUGGGGCAUGGAGCUGGGACUUCUAAGCAUGCGCAGAGGAGAAUUAGCCAGGUUCCUGUUCAAGCCAACCUAUGCUUAUGGCACCCUGGGGUGCCCACCCCUCAUCCCUCCAAAUGCUACUGUCCUGUUUGAGAUCGAGCUGAUUGACUUCCUUGAUUCUGCUGAGUCAGACAAGUUUUGUGCACUUUCAGCUGAACAGCAAGAACAGUUUCCACUUCAGAAGGUUCUCAAGGUAGCAGCAACUGAGAGGGAGUUUGGCAACUACCUAUUCCGCCAAAAUCGCUUCUGUGAUGCCAAAGUGAGGUACAAGCGGGCCUUGCUGCUGCUCCACCGACGCUUGGCAAUCUGUGAGGAGCAGCACCUGGUGGAGCCCGCCGAGCUUCUGGUCCUCCUCAACCUGUCUUUUGUGUACCUGAAGCUGGACCGACCUGCCAUGGCCCUGCGCUAUGGGGAGCAGGCUCUGCUCAUUGAUCAAAGGAACGCCAAGGCCCUCUUCAGGUGUGGACAGGCUUGCCUCCUUCUAACUGAGUAUGAGCAGGCCCGGGAUUUUCUAGUGCGAGCUCAGAAGGAGCAGCCCUGCAACCAUGACAUCAAUAAUGAGCUGAAGAAGCUGUCCAGCCACUACAAGGACUACGUGGACAGAGAGAGAGAGAUGUGUCACCGGAUGUUUGCUCCCUGUGGGAGCGGCUCCUCAGUGGGAGGAAACUAAGGUUUGUCGGCUCUGCAAGCAAGAAAAGGGCCAGUGGACUCCUCCAUCUCGGCUGGGGAUGGACGGAGCCCUAGUUCAGACUGCUCCAGCCACCCCUGGAAGACAGUAGCACCCCUGUCAGCCUUGUCAGACUUUCUCCAAGUCCAUGACGGCAGAACACUGCUCUGGAAAGUAGGUUCUGAGUGAGUGUGUGUGUGCGCGCGUGCGCUCGGCUUACCUCCCAGCCCUAACCCCUUUCCAACUGCUGAUGUCAGUGGGUCAGUACAGAUAGAACUGACUCUGUGUAUUCUGUUGGGUUAUUUUGAAGAGAAUUAUGUUACAAUUGUUUUUUGUUGUAAAUAAAACACAUCUUGUCCUAGCA